AUGUCCAAGCAGGCCUUUGCCAGUGUAUCAGGAGCAGCAGCUAACUCAUCGUCAGUCGAGAGUUACACCAAGCUGGUACACCCUGCACCUAAGGAGUUGAAGGAGUUCCCACAGAAACAGCUGCCAUACGAUGGCUGUACUGCAGCUGCCUAUGUGGCGUAUGCAUGGUCCGAGCAGGCUAUGAUCUAUCCCAUCACGCCCGCCACACCGAUGGGUGAUGUCAUGGCCAACUGGGCUGGUCAAGGACGGAAGAACCUCUUCGGCAGCGUCCCAAGGGUUACCCAAAUGCAGUCAGAAGGCGGUGCCGCUGGUGCUGUACACGGCGUUCUCGAUGUUGGAGGCCUUGGUACCACUUUUACCUCUUCACAAGGUCUACUACUUAUGAUCCCGAAUAUGUACAUAAUCGCUGGUGCCCUCAACCCUUGCGUCUUCCAUGUGGCUGCAAGAGCUAUAUCCAAACAUGCUCUUUGUAUUUUUGGCGACCACACUGAUGUCAUGGGCACACGUCAAACUGGCUGGGCGCAGCUGUCUGGUCACAGCGUCCAGGCAUCGAUGGACAUGGCCUUGGUAGCCCAUAUUGCCACGCUGAGGAGCUCAGUGCCUUUCGUCAACUUUUUCGAUGGUUUCC